AUGCCGCGUGAAGCCGCCAGCGGUCUAUGGCGGUCGGAGGACAUGGUAAUGCUGCAGCUCACCAUGCAGCGAGAGACUGCGCAUGAUUCCGUGCUGAAGCUCGGGCAGCUCGCAGAGUUUCAGUUCCUUGACCUAAACACCGAUGUAAGCGCAUUUCAGCGCGACUUCGUGCAGGAGGUGCGCCGCUGCGAUGAGAUGGAGCGGAAACUGCGCUACCUGCACGAAGAGAUCGAGCGGGCAGGGGUGACAGGCGUCCCCGGACAGGUGGGAGAGCGGGAGACGAUGUUCUCCCUCGAGCAUAAGGUGGACGAGCGGGAGUCGGAGGUGCGGGAGUUGAACGAGCAGUACCAGUCCCUCAUCGAGGAGCGAAACCGGUCCCGCGAGCACCUGGAGGUGCUCAACCGCGACUUCAGCGCCUCCACCACAAGAGGGCAGGGCCUCAAUUUGAUUACGGGUGUGAUUCCCAAGGAACGCAUAGCGAUAUUGGAGCGACUUGUCUACCGCACCACCCGUGGGAACUCUGUGAUGCAGACAGACGAUAUUGCGACGCCGUUUUACAGUGUUGCGACAAAUCAACCAAUUCAUAAGUGCGUCUUCGGUAUAUACUUUCCCGUGCCCCGUCUGCGGGAGACGAUUGGGAAGAUUAGCGAGGCUAACGGCGGCACACUCUACGCCUACGCAGAGAACGAGGAGCAGCUGCAAGGCAUGCGGGAGUCCCUUCAAAAUCAAGUGGAGACAGUCACACACACGCUUCAGCAGUCCGCACUUCGUCAACGGCAGUUGUUGAUGGGACUUUCUGGCAGCGUGUACGAGUGGCGCCGCGCAAUCGCAGUCGAGAAGGCCGUGUACUCCACGAUGAACAUGCUGCGGUUCAGCGGUGCGACGGUUGUGGCGAAAGGCUGGGCCCCGGCGCGUUCACUAGACGACAUACGGACCGCCUUGCAGGAGGCGGAGUACUUGAGCGGGGCUCAGGUGCUGACGAUUGUGGAGGAGAUCCCGUCGAAGGAGACGCGCCCCACGUACUUUCGAACCAACAAGAUAACGAGCUCCUUUCAGGGCAUUGUCGACAGCUACGGCAUGGCGCGCUACAAGGAGGUGAAUCCGGGCGUUUUUACCAUCAUUACUUUUCCCUACCUAUUUGGUGUGAUGUACGGCGAUAUUGGCCAUGGCCUUAUCUUGACCUUCUUUGCGGGAUUUCUUAUAUUCAUGGAGAAAAGCUGGGAGGGGAAGCCGCUCAAUGAAAUUUUUGCCAUGAUUUUUGGUGGUAGAUACUUGCUCUUGUUCAUGGGACUCUUUGCCGUCUACCUCGGGCUCCUUUACAACGACAUGUUUGGCUUCUCCGUGGAGGUGUUUGCCUCGGGCUACCGCUGGCCGCCGCUGCCGCCGAACGGGCCAGGCGGAACGGUGCGCCCCUCCUCGCCCGUCGGCGUGACGCCUGCGAGGCCCGUUAUCUUCGGCGUCGACUCUGCGUGGGCGGAGACAGAGAACAAGCUGGAGUUCUACAACUCUAUUAAGAUGAAGUGCUCCGUUAUCAUUGGUGUCGUCCAGAUGAUGGUGGGGGUUGUUCUCUCCUUGCUGAAUCACAUUUACUUUGGCGACAAGCUCCAGGUGUGGUUUCGCUUCGUCCCCGAAAUCGUCUUCCUCUCCUUUACCUUUGGCUACAUGUGCCUUCUCAUUGUCAUCAAGUGGUGUACGCCGUGGGAAAAUCGCACACAUGAUGCCCCGUCGCUGCUGGAGACCAUGACAAAUUUCUUCCUGCAGCCGGGCGUGGUGAGUCUCCCUCUGUUCAAGGGGCAGGCGGCGAUUCAGGUGAUACUGCUGCUCAUUUCGUUUGCGAUGGUGCCUAUUCUUCUUUGUGUUAUUCCGAUAAUGGAAAAGAAGCACCAUGAUGCGAAGGUGAAACGUAAGUUGAUCCUUCAUGAGGAGGAUGACGAGGAGGAUGAGUUUGAGUUUAGCGAGGUCAUGAUUCAUCAGGUUAUCCACACGAUUGAGUACGUCCUGGGGUGCGUUUCCAACACGGCGUCCUACUUGCGUCUCUGGGCCCUCUCGCUCGCACACUCGCAGCUGUCAGAAGUCUUCUGGAACUUUGCAUUCCUCUUGACGGUCGGCCUGGACGGUGGGUCGGGCGUAUUUGUUUUUAUUGGCUUCUGUGUGUGGAUGUGUGCCACGCUUGGGGUGCUGCUGGGCAUGGAGUCCCUCUCUGCCUUCCUGCACGCCCUCCGUCUGCACUGGGUGGAGUUCAACAACAAGUUUUACCUCGCAGACGGUCAUGCGUUUGCCCCUUUUGACGUCGCGGAGGUUCUUAGCAAAAUUAACUAA